AUGACAGAGGGCAAUAUAGUAUUGUUUUCUCUUUUGAUAUUAGAAGAUCUAUAUACAUAUAGGUUAGAUAUUUGCUUGCCAUCUUUACGUUAUGAUGACACCUUUCUGCGAUUAAUUGCAGCUAUAUCUGGAACUGCCAUAUUGAUGGUCCUAGCUUUUCGCUUCUCUAGAAAGCUUUCACAGCCUCAUUACGUGCUCUUUGGAAACAAGAAAAGUAAGGAUUUUAAAAACAUUGAGGCAUUUUUAAGGAACCACGGGUCCCUUGCUCCUAAAAGAUAUGGUUAUGCGGAUAUUAAGAAAAUGACCAAUUCAUUCAGACAUAAACUAGGCCAAGGAGGGUAUGGAGUUGUUUAUAAAGGUAAGCUAUUUGAUGGUUGUUGCGUGGCAGUCAAGGUCUUAACUGAGUCUAAAGGUAAUGGUGAAGAGUUUAUAAAUGAGCUUGCUAGCAUUAGUAGGACUUCCCAUAUCAACAUAGUUACUUUUUUAGGUUUUUGUUUUGAGGGUCGAAAAAGAACUCUCAUCUAUGAGUUUAUGUCCAAUGGAUCACUCGAAAAGUUCAUGCACGAAAAAGAUCCAUUGAAGUGGGAAACAUUGUACCAAAUUGCAAUAGACAUAGCUCGAGGAUUAGAGUAUUUACACCGUGGUUGCAAUACACGAAUUUUGCACUUUGACAUAAAGCCUCAUAACAUUCUCCUAGAUGAAGAUUUUUAUCCCAAGAUAUCUGAUUUUGGUCUUGCUAAAAUUUGCCCCAAGAAAAAGAGUAUGGUAUCAAUGACAGGUGCACGAGGGACAAUUGGUUACAUUGCUCCCGAAGUAUUUUCUAGGAACUUUAGAGUUAUCUCUCAUAAGUCAGAUGUUUAUAGCUAUAGAAUGAUGGUUUUAGACAUUACUGGAGGAAGACAUAACAACAAUGUUCAAGUUCAUAAUAACAGUGAAUUAUAUUUUCCGCAAUGGAUUUACAAUCGUCUAGAAGAAGAUGAAGAACUUGGAUUGCAUGGCAGUUCCAAUGAAGAUGAUAAAGAAAGUGUAAGGAAGAUGAUAAUAGUGAGUUUAUGGUGCAUACAAACUAAUCCUUCAGAACGACCAACAAUGAGUAGAGUUGUGGAGAUGUUGGAAGGAAGCCUCCAUUCCUUGCCAAUUCCACCAAAGCCUUUCCUAUAUUCACCAAGAUCAGACCCAAGAGAUUCUUCAAUUAGCCUACCAAGCUAAGUAGCUCUUAAAAUGAAGCCUUAUUGGAGAUGCAUAUCUUCAAACUAGGAAACAUUACUACAUUUUCAAAUUCAUAUCUCAUAGGGUAAGACUGUCACUUGCUCUGUAUGGUGAAAAUAUUUAUAUAUUGAUCUUGAUCGAAA